GCCCGGGCAGCAGGCGGCGCGAGGGCUCCGGGUCGCGCACUGCGCGUGGGCACCUGCGGCCCCCGGGGCGCGGCGGGGGCUCCCUCCAGGAUGAAAGUCCUUACCGAUGGUGUUGCCAGGAGGUGUCUAGGAAGAGUCUGGGGAGAAGAAGGCAGCCUCUCUAUAUACAUCCACAGAAGGAGGGCUCCCAAAGGCCUUGGGAGAUAGGGCUAAAGAUCCAGUACAGUGGGUUGACCAGCAGGAUGUCUUGUGUGAGCUUUGCUCCCCCUGACUUGGAUCUAAAUCUGUUCAACAUGAGACGCAGUGGCUACUUGAGAAUGGCACCCUGGCCCCUUCCCCGCCUCCUGUGACCGGGCCAGCGGCCGGGGCGUCUGUGGGGAUGCCUGUAAACCGCCAGCAGUCGGACUCUUCGGACAUGGACUCGGAUGUGUCCCCCAGCUGCGGGCUCAGCGACCUGAGCAGAGGGGACAGCCUGGGGAGUCGAAGCAGCAGCUCCCGCUCUAGGAGUUUGACUUUGGAUGAUGAGAGCCUGAAGUACCUGACACAUGAGGAAAAGGAUGUCAUCCUGUUUUUCGAAGAGACCAUUGAUUCCCUGGAAGAUGACUUUGAGGAGCAAGUCGAGUGUGACAGCGGCCUACACUGCCACUCUCCGGGGACCCUGGAGGAGAGCGCUUCUGGAACCUCAGAGCCAGGAGAUGUCAUCGAUUUGGUGCAGCCAGCACCCCCCAAGGCCGAGGAACCUGAGUGCCUCCCAGCUGCGACCGAGACAGCAGGGGCUGGUCCUGUCGCGAAGGAAGACACCCCCGAUGUCGUCGUGGAAUGCAGGAAACCAGAAGCAGGGGGUCCUCCCUCACCAGGCUCUGCGGCCCCAGAGGCCCCUCCCGUGCUGCCCGCCCGGCCUGUGGCCACCGCCGCGACAUCCCCCAGGAAGGAGCUGCUGGCCCCUCCCGCAGAGCACCCCAAACUGCCCCGCUCUGUCCCCACCCCGCUGGUGAUCGCUCAGAAAAUGUCUGAGAAGCUGGCAGGAAGUGAGGCACUUGCACCCCCGUCCCCCUCCAAGGAGAGCAAGCCUGGGGACUGGAGGACCCUGCCUUCGGGGGCCCCUCGGAAUGGGGACCCCUGCCUGUGGCCCAGACCCACGGCGCAGCCCGCGCCCAAGAUCCACCGCUUCCCGAGCAACAUCAGCGUGACCAACAGCGCAGGCAAGGAGUUCAACAAGACCAUCUCCAAAGCGGCCGUCAACGUGCAGGAGCGGAAGGCCCGGGUCCUGGCCAACAUCAACGGCGUCUCCUUCCUGUCGCCGGGGGCCGCGGGGGCAGACCCCGCCGAGCUGGGGAGGAGCAGCUCUCUGGAGCCGGGGCCGCGGGGCCCGAGCAAGCCGAUGGGCCCGGCCCAGGAGGCCGCGUCCACGCGGGCGGGCUUGCAGCCAGGCACUCAGCAGUCCAGAGGCGUGCAGACAGAGCACUGCUUGCCCCUGGCCAACGGCUUCCAGAGUAUUCAUGACAUGCUCAGGAGUGAGCCCAGCACCUUGGUCUCGACCGGGAAGACUGUCACCUUCCGUGCAGACCCGGCGCUUGCCACCAAACUGGCACGCCAGGAUGCCAGCAAGAGCUUCUACGAGCCCCGGCAGCCGGGCUGCGGCCAGGAUGCUCGGAAGCGCUCGGGCUCGCUGCCCCGUGCCGUGGGCUUCAGGCCCCAGGGCAUCACCGUCCAGUUCUCCGGCCGCGGCUCGACGGAGGAGGCCCGCCGCGAGGCCCUGCGGAAGCUCGGCCUUCUGAAGGAGAACUUGUGACGGGGGUGGCGGGGGUGGCCUCGAAUGGAUGUGCCCGCGGGAGGAGCCCAGGCUGUGGACCCUGCGGAGGACGACAGAUGACAGAUGACAGGUGCCAGGACUCCACGGUCCGGGCCGCCCGCCGCCUGCCACCUCAGAGCUCGGUGAGCCUGCCAGGACAGUCCGGCCCCACAUCCUGACUCCCUUUUUCCAGGAGCUCAGAGACUAACCCUCAAAACCCUAAAUGCCAUACCUUUUCUUGGAUUUAGAAGGAGGGGGAUUGGGUCUGAUUUGUUACUGCUUCAGUCGCUCAUCUUACUUUUAUCCCAAGGACGUGACACCCGAGCCAAGUUGGAGGUCUUACACGCAGUCAUCGAUGAAAGGGAUCUUUCUCUUCCUUUCCUGCGAAAAUAAAACAGAAAAUGCCCGUUCAAUUUCCAUAACAUCUCAAAGCAUCUCCUUCGGUUUUCCUGUUUGUUUUUCAGGGGCCAACGAUGGUGUGUUUAGCCCUGGAUGUGCCCUUGUUUCUGGAUAUAAUUUGGUUUGCCCAUUGGUUGUUGUGGUUGUUUUAAUUGAAAACUGAAAUGAAACCUUCAGGGUAUGAUUUACUGUAAUUUUGAGUUACGGGAGCGGAAUGGAAAGGUUGGAUUUGGAAAAGGUGGUAAUUUUCAGAAAGCAAGUCUCGUCAGCCUCCAGGGGGCUUUUGUCACUGGGACAUACGUGGGUGAGCGUGCACUGUGUGUAUACAUGUACAUAACGUGUUUAUAGAAACGUGUGCUCACACGUACAUACGUUUGUUAGUCCGCAUACACAGACUUCUCACGACCCUAUCAAGUCACUACAGGAUGGAAGCCCUUCCUCCCUCGACAGGUGCAGCCAUCCCCACUGUGACGGUGGCACAGAGAUCCGUACCUCUCAGGGCACGUCUCCACAAUCAAAAGUGCUUCUUGCUCACCCCCGUGUCGCUCUGUACCCAAGGAAAGUGAUAUUCCAAGUAGGCUUCCAGAAAAGCAAGGUAGCUCCACGUUUUUAAGGAUUUAUCACCCCAUCAUAACCUGAUUUCAGUUUAUCACCCCGUCUUUGCCGUGCGUGCGCCAGGGUAGCUAGUAAACGGAGGGAAACAGAAACCGUUCCUGAGAUCCCUCACGUUCUGUGAGCAGGAUCUCUCAGGAUUAGUUGUAAAGGGGAAAAACACCCCAGCAAACUAGGUUACACGGUGUGAAAAGAACUGGUCGUCUCCCAGGCUGUGGGUUACAUGCUGACUUGUAGCCACGAGUGUUAUUAAAACUAUUUAAGGCUGGAGUCUUAAGCCUCUAAAAAUAGACUGGGAAGGGCCACAGUUACAGUCACGCCCUUUUGUUAUUAUGUCUCAGCCAGUGUCACAGAAUCGGUUUCCUCCUGUUGAGUAUUAUUUAAAUUAAAACUUUUAAAUGUGCUGCAAAGCACAUUUCAUAGUAUUCAUAGUAUUCAGUUCGCCUUGUAAGUUACAUAAAAUGUCACUUUUUUCCCCCUUAGAACUACAGUAUUUAGUGUCUCUGAGUCCUCCUGAAAUAAUCCUGUAGGUUCCCGAUGGUCUUAAUUUAAAUAGGUGCUUUGAUUUUACAGGUUUUUAAAAUAGUUUUUAUUGUACUCCCAUUUAUGUUGCAUUUGUUUGAAGAGUUCUUGAGGGCUGUAUUACCUUUCCACAGAGUGAGAUGCCGUACACAGUGUUUCAGAACAGAGGGUCUUGAUGUGGCUGACGUUUUAAAUAUCCUUUACGUACGAGAAUUAUCUCUUUUAUGCUGUCCUAUGACUUUGUUGUGAUUAAGGUGAACGAGACACUAUAUUAGUAUAUUUGUUCUCAUAAUGACAUUUUUGAAAAAUAAAUUUUAGAGAUUUAUCUUAAGUUACAAA